GUGCUACAACUAUUGAGAAGUAUGAUCUCAGAACAAACAUAUGGAUACAGGCUGGAGUGAUGAAUGGCAGGAGGCUUCAGUUUGGUGUUGCUGUCAUCGACGACAAGCUGUUCGUCAUUGGAGGCCGGGAUGGUUUAAAGACAUUAAACACUGUUGAAUGUUACAAUCCAAAGACCAAGGCUUGGACUGUGUUACCACCAAUGUCAACACAUAGGCAUGGCUUAGGAGUUACAGUGCUUGAAGGGCCUAUUUAUGCAGUGGGAGGACAUGAUGGUUGGAGUUAUUUGAAUACAGUUGAGAGAUGGGACCCUCAAAGUCAGCAGUGGACAUUUGUGGCAAGUAUGUCAAUUGCCAGAAGCACUGUUGGAGUAGCAGCAUUAAAUGGCAAGUUAUAUUCAGUUGGAGGUCGGGAUGGAAGUUCAUGUUUGAGUUCAAUGGAAUAUUAUGAUCCACACACAAAUAAAUGGAAUAUGUGUGCUCCUAUGUGUAAGAGAAGAGGAGGUGUAGGAGUGGCUACAUGUGAUGGCUUUCUUUAUGCAGUUGGAGGCCAUGAUGCUCCUGCUUCUAACCAUUGCUCCCGACUGCUGGACUAUGUAGAAAGGUAUGAUCCAAAAACUGAUACAUGGACAAUGGUGGCUCCACUGAGUAUGCCUCGAGAUGCUGUUGGUGUCUGUCUCCUUGGUGACAAAUUAUACGCAGUAGGUGGUUAUGAUGGUCAAACAUACCUGAAUACUAUGGAAGCAUAUGACCCCCAAACUAAUGAAUGGACACAGAUGGCUUCCCUAAACAUUGGAAGAGCUGGUGCCUGUGUUGUAGUCAUCAAACAACCAUGA